AUGGGCCUAUCGACUCGAUGGCUUUUCCUCAUCCCACUCUUUGCAUGGGUUACGGUGGCCGAGGAGCAUAAUUUGACGGGGGCAUUGCCUAAUCUGCCCGAACUUGGAGGGCUUUUGGAAGAUGUUGGUGAUGUAAACAAUGUUUUCCCGACUUCAAUUUCGAUGGAGAGCGCUGUCCCUCAUGGCCUAUGUGUAAACGCCAGCCAUCGCAGCGAACGACUCGAAUGUGAAAAGGCCUUCCAUAUGGGCAAAAAUUCACGGUUGGGCGACGAAACUGUGAAAAACGAGACGCAACACCUGAAGGUGAAGGGCCGACUAUCGGCUUCAAGCUUUCAACCAAUGGUUCUGGCCGAUUGCAUCGAUUAUCCUUGCAUUUCCAACGACGCCGAGCGGAAACGCUUCGUCGACGCGUUGAACUUGCUCAAAAAGAAUGGAGUUUACGAUAGAUGGUCCGACAUCCACCAGCAAAUGUCAACGCGCGGGACGGCGCAUCAGGGCUCGAAUUUCUUGCCGUGGCACCAACUGCGCCGGAUUGAUGCCGACAUCUCGAUUCCGUUCUGGGAUUCAACCAUCGCUGCCAUGCUGCCACUGCCAGCUGACUCGGUCAUGUGGAGCCCCGAAGUGCUCGGAAACACGUUUGGCCCGAUCACGACGGGCGCGUUUGAGGGGUGGCAAAAUGAGGAGAAGAAGUCUGGCGUCAUUCGUGAAGUCGGCGUCUUCCCCAAUUCUCAUCCACUGACGAUUGCAGGCAACGCUCUAUCAUUUUCGACGGUAGAUGAGGUUCUGGCACAAUCGAAGAAGAUCUCCACGAAGGGCUGCGGUGACAUCAACUACAACUGGCUCGACAUCGAGCAUAACCAUGUUCACAAUUUUGUUGGCGGUGGCAUGUGCUUCGUGCAAUGGUCAUCCCGCGAUCCGACCUUUCUGCUCCACCACGCUUUCAUCGAUUUCAUCUGGGAUGGAUGGCGGAUGUUGCAUCAAACAGAACAACAACGCGAUUCCGAAUAUCCCAACGACGCUUGUAUCAACAUAGCGAAUCGGGCAACGACUUUGAUGUACCCAUUCCGGUUACGGAACAUUGACGGGCUUUCAAACGCGUACACGCGGAAUUUGUAUCAUUACUGGCCCGCCCCUCGGUGCACCAAGGAGACGGCCGAUUGUGAGGGGAGCAGACUCCUUUUCUGCGAUACCCGCGAUCCCAACGCUCCGCAAUGCGUCUCAAAAGUCCGUGUCGGCGGAAGUCGGGGU